AUGGCGGCGAAGGGUCUUCCUAAGAGCCUGGAUGUUUCCCUACCCAGUCCAACCUCUCCCAAUACAACACCCACACCUACACCUACACCUGCCCAAACCAAAGACUGUAAGACAGGCGAUGGGAACUUCUACCGAGGAACAGUCUCUGUGACCCGCACGGGCAGGACGUGUCAAGGCUGGGACAGUCAGACUCCUCAUCGUCACUCAAGGACGCCUGCCAACUACCCUGCAUCCGGGCUGGACCAGAACUACUGCCGGAAUCCUGAAGGAGAAGAUACCCUUUGGUGCUACACCACGGAUUCCGGAAAGAGAUGGGAGUUCUGUGAUGUGCCAUUCUGUGACGCACCAUUUGGUAAAGAAUGCUUGGUCGAACCUACCAUGCGGGUGGAUUGCGGUUGGGGUGGCAUCACUCCAGAACAGUGUGGCCAGCGAGGAUGCUGCUUCAAUGAUUCAAUAGUUGAAGUAAAAUGGUGUUUUUACACUUUGGAAGUUAACAGAGAUUGAUCUCAACUGAUCCAUGCCUACUGAUGUUUGGUGGCGCCAUAGAUCUUUGAAAUGCUUUCAGAACUAUGCUUUGAGUUUGUUCUCCACUUGUCUAUUAAUUUCUUUACACCAAAAACGAUGUUGUUUAUGAUUCUUUGGACGUCUUUUUUCAAAUACGUGUCAAGAAGAAGGUUGCCAACAUUCAAGUUAAAGAUUGCACGUUGAAAAUACACCCAAACAAUGUCGUCAGUUUUGUAAUUGGUCACAUUGUUAUGACAGGUAGAUGUUUGAACACUACAUUUUACACAUGUAAGAAUUAAUAUACAUCACAAGUUGUGCAAGUUUUGAUACGCUAAGAUGCAUGAGAAUGUCCAUUGA